AUGUGGAGGAUCAUUGUGAUUUUAACCUGCUUGGUGACAUUAUCUACAGCUCAUUUGAGCUUUACGAAUCUGAAGUGCGAAAUGAUCGACCGUACGUUUGGAAACUUUGAAAUGUGCCGCAUCAAGGCGGUAAAUCGAACACAUAAAUAUAUAGAUAUUGAUUUAAAGUUGGAUAUACUUCCCAUCAAUAAUAUAAUGAUUAAAUUAGAAUCGAAGCGGUAUAACAAUGGAUACCGCCCGUUUUUUAUGUCCUUGACUUUCGAUUUUUGUAAGUACAUGAAGAAUCCAAACCAGCGAUCGAUGAUUUUUUUAAAAGAAAUUCACGCAACCUUCAUCAAUGCCUCAAACUUAAAUCAUACCUGCCCGUACAAUAAUGGUAUAUUGAUUAACAAGUUUUGGACUGGUAACCUGGAAAGAGCAUUUUUGCGAUAUCUUCCUGUGCCCAACGGAGACUAUGCCCUUUUUUCGACAUGGUAUUCAUCGAAUGUUCCUCGACUGUUUGUCAACACGUUCUUUCAAAUAAAAAACUGAUAAAAGAAUAAGGAU